UCUCAUUUACAAUCUAAGUCACAAUUGAAACUCUUAAAUCAGUGUUUUCUGAUUGACACAAACUCACUUUGUAUUAAUAAAUUGUUCCAACCAAUUUAACCUUUUGACCGCUGGACAUAAUCAGUUAAUUUACCAUCAAUGGCUCUUUUAAAUUCUAUUAGACAAUUAAACUCCAAGGUCUCUCUGUGUUUACGGAAACCAUCAACUUUCAGUCGGUUGUUAUCGACAAGUCGAGUUAAUUGUGGUCCAUUAACGACACUUUCUGAAGAUGAGGUCGCAAUCAAGGAUAUGGUCAACAGGUUGUGUCAAGAUCUAAUCGCCCCAAGGGUCAAAGAGAUGGACGAAAAAUCAAAAAUGGACCAAGUUAUCAUAGACGCGCUUUUUGCCAAUGGUUUGAUGGGUGUUGAUGCUGACACCGAAUAUGGAGGAACCGGGGCCAAUUUUUUCAGUACCGUUUUGGCAGCCGAGGAAUUAGCUAAAUGUGACCCAUCGGUCAGUGCGCUAAUGGACAUUCACAAUACUCUUUGUGUCUCGGUGUUCAACAAAUAUGCUUCUGAAGAGCAAAAGAAAAAAUAUCUCACCCGAUUGUGUACAGAUACGGUUGGUUCAUUUUGCCUCUCAGAACCAGGAUCGGGUUCUGAUGCUUUCUCAUUGAAAACUCGUGCCGAGGAUAAAGGUGAUCACUAUGUAAUUAACGGAGGUAAAUGUUGGAUCAGUAAUUCGGAUGUCGCCGGUAUUUUCCUCGUAUUUGCCAAUGUAGAUCCAAGUAAAGGUUAUCGAGGGAUAACUUGUUUCGUAAUGAACAGGGAAACACCCGGUUUGUCAAUUGGUAAACCCGAAAAUAAAUUGGGUAUCCGAGCAUCGGGAACAUGUACCGUUACUUUUGACAAUGUUAAAGUACCAAAAGAAGAUGUGAUCGGAACCGUAGGUCAAGGUUAUAAAAUAGCAAUUGGAAUUCUAAAUGAAGGUCGAAUUGGUAUCGGAUCACAAAUGGUUGGCCUGGCUCAAGGGUGUUUCGAUCAUGCCGUCAAAUAUACUCUCGAAAGGAAACAAUUUAACCAAAGGAUCUUUGAUUUCCAAGGGAUGCAACAUCAAAUCGCUAAUGUGGCCAUUCAAAUUGAAGCCGCUCGACUAAUGAUCUACAAUGCAGCUCGAUUACAAGACACUGGGGCCAAUAUCGUUAAAGAAGCGGCCAUGGCCAAGUAUUUCGCCUCCGAGGUCUCUACUUUGGCCACAAGUAAAUGCAUUGAAUGGAUGGGAGGUGUUGGUUUUACUCGCGAUUAUCCCGUUGAAAAAUAUUACCGAGACUGUAAAAUCGGUAACAUUUAUGAAGGAACAUCAAACAUACAAUUAAAUACAGUUGCUAAAUUGUUGGAAGCUGAAUACAAGUAGAUUUACUAAAUUUUCCAUAACAAAAAUUUCCACUGACAAUCUGAAAACCACGAUUACAAUCAACUUAAUUUGAUUGCAUUUUGUAUUAUUUGAACAAAUUGUUUAAAAGAUAAAAUAUAUUUUCACUUUAA